AUGUCGUCACAGGAGAGACAAUACAAGAGAUCAAACCUUAGGGACCACGCGUCCUAUACAGUUGCUCCCUUUACAAGUGACUCCAAUGUUAUGUCCUCGCACUAUGGACCAAAUUCAGAUUCACCCUUGGUAUCAGUUGCAAUGAGGAUCAGAAAAGCCGUCAGUGAAGGUUACAAUAAUGGGCAACUGAAUUUUUCAGGAAAUUUCCAAAGAUGCCCGCUUCCAAAUAACAUGUCUUCACCACCAAUGUUAUCUUCUUCAGAAUCGACUAGAACAGUUUCAAACUUGGAGGAAUGGGAUAGCUACUACAAAAUCAAUAAUGCUCCUGUGCAAACUUUAGAUGCAAAUGGUGGGAACUAUUACGACCAGAGCCAGAACGCUUUGAAGAGAAAAUUUAAUGAUUUUAACGAGCAACAAGAACCAGAAAUUGCUCUGUAUCAAGCUAAAUAUGGUGCUCUUCACUUCAAUGAAGAGUUUUAA